AAACCAGUGUUAAAUAGACCUUGUAACGACAUGAUAUUGUAGUUUCAUGAGUAUUUCUAAGUUGGAAGUGUUGCCCUGGUAGUAUUGAAAGGUAAGGCUGCCAAUAAAAAAUGACUAAAAGCACUUUCAAGACAUGUGAAAUGGCAUUAUAGUAUUGUUGGCAUGAGCGUGCCUUGUAAUCCUGGUUACAAAUGAUGUCAAAAACGAACAUUUCCUAUUCUCUUACCCUGUUUACUUGCGAAUAAAGCACAGCAAUAAGUUAAUCAAUGUUAAUCAUCUGGCGAGGCUUUUAUUAACAAUCUCAUUUAGUUUCUUUCCCAACCUUUCUAAUAGGAGUGCAUUUCGCAGUCUUCUAGGAUCUCCUGAGUGAAACUCACUGUGGACAGGAUUCUAACUUGGAGGGAUCAUGGAGCAGUAUACAGCAAACAGCAAUAGUUCGACAGAGCAGAUUGUUGUGCAGGCUGGACAGAUUCAGCAGCAGCAGCAGGGUGGUGUCACUGCUGUCCAGUUGCAGACUGAGGCCCAGGUGGCAUCCGCCUCAGGCCAGCAAGUCCAGACCCUCCAGGUCCAGGGGCAACCAUUAAUGGUACAGGUCAGUGGAGGCCAAUUAAUCACAUCAACUGGUCAGCCCAUCAUGGUUCAAGCUGUCCCUGGUGGACAAGGUCAAACCAUCAUGCAAGUACCUGUGUCUGGGACUCAGGGUUUGCAGCAGACAGCACAAAAUUCCACUGAAACCUAUAUCCCCUUAGAAAAGGUACAGAUGUUCAGAUACAUGCUAAAUUUGUGUAUAAUUUUAGAUUAA